AUGAUAACAAUUUUCUACACUUACACUACAAAAGAGGAAAUAGACUCGAAAUUUAUGUUUGAAGUACUGAACUACUACGGUUUUGGAGCAUAUUUUAACAUGAUAUUAUUGUUUAUCGGCUUUCUUGUGAUUAUAAUUAAAAAUUAUCUCGAAAUGUGCCAUCAGAAUCUUCACGGAUAUUCUGAAAGUUUCGGAACAUUUCAAAAUAAAAUUAAGGAAGUGAUGACAAUUCAAAACGACAUAACUCAAGCGAUUAAAUUAUUCAAUGAAAGCUUUGGAUUUUUAUACUUUGGAUUAUACGUUUAUCUGUUCACAAAUUUUGCUACUUCACUCUAUUUUGCGUAUACGUCAUUAAUAUAUGACUUUAAUGACAGUCAAGCCGAGUCUACUUUAAACAUUUUAGUGAACAUGAUUUGGAUAUUGCCAUUCAACAUAUUUAAUCAAUUAAUCGGAAUUAAUUGCUCGCAAGUUCAAAACAAAGUGUUCGACAUCAAAAGAACAUUAACUAAAUUAUAUGACGAUGACCAUUCAGGCAUAAGCGGACAACUCUUAUCGACUGUUUGUGAGGACGACUUCAUUUUCACUGCAAACGGAUUCUUUCCGAUUAACAGAGCCAUUUUCAUGAAUAUUAUAAUUUCAACAUCGACUUUCUUAAUCGUUGCAAUUCAAUUUUACCAACAGCAAUAA